CUGAUAAUUAUCCACAGGAGUGUUAUGGCCCAACAAUCUGAUGACAUCACCUCACGAAAUGGUCUCAUCUUCACCGACCGUACAUCUCAACAUCAUUCAGAGAUGAAUCAAGACAGGAUCUACAUGGACUACAAUGCUACAACUCCGCUGGACCCAGAGGUGAUCCAGGCCAUUUCUGAAGCCCUCCAGGAUGCCUGGGGAAACCCAAGCAGCAAUUAUAUAGCAGGUGUUAAAGCCAAGGCAAUAAUAAAUCAGUCCAGAGAGAAUAUCGCCAGGAUGGUUGGAGGUAAAGCAGAAGACAUCAUCUUCACAUCAGGUGGAACCGAGGCUAAUAAUCUGAUGCUCCACACUGCAGUGGAGCACUUCAGGAGGAGCUGCAGGGCUGCACAGGAAGGUGAAGGACACCAGAAUGGAAGCGGUGACCUUCCUCACAUUAUCACCUCGAAUGUGGAGCAUGACUCAGUCAAACUGGUCGCUGAGCACCUACAGAAAGACGGCAAGGCAGAGGUGACGUUUGUUCCUGUGUCUAAGCUGACAGCCCGUGUUGAGGUGGAGGAUGUCAUUGCUGCGGUUCGUCCAAACACUUGUCUCAUCUCCAUCAUGUUGGCUAAUAAUGAGACAGGAGUCAUCAUGCCGCUCCAAGAGAUCUGCCAGAGAAUAAAGUCUCUCAAUAAGCAGCGCGAUCGGCUCAGGAUCCUGCUCCACACUGAUGCUGCUCAGGCUCUGGGGAAAAUCCGAGUCGAUGUCUGUGAACUGGGAGUGGAUUAUCUCACCAUCGUGGGACACAAGUUCUACGCCCCUCGGAUUGGUGCUCUGUAUGUAAAUGGCCCCGGAGCGAGAACACCUUUAUAUCCGAUGCUGUUUGGAGGAGGACAGGAGAGAAACUUCAGACCAGGCACAGAAAACACACCAAUGAUUGCUGGUCUUGGAAAGGCUGCAGAAUUGGUGACCUCUAAUCUGUCAGAUUAUGAGAGUCACAUGCGAAGCACCAAACUUUACUUGGAAGAACAACUGAAG